GGCGCGCCUCGUUCAAAACGGAGGCCGUUGGUUCCAUCCCCGUUUGCGGGACCGGUUCCUGAAGGGAAGGCAUCGCUCUGCAGUAUUGAGGACGCGCCGGUCUUUCUCGUAGCAUGGAGUCAAGUGCUUACCGGUGCCUUCAGCCUGGGCUGUCUAUUAAUAUUCCCCGUAGCAACGGUGCAGUUCAUGGUGCUACUAUCAAGACAGUGAAUUUGGAAAAAAAGUCUGUAUCAGUAGAAUGGACCGAAGAUCAAAGUAUCAAAGGGAAAGAGAUUGACCUUGAUGAUGUGGUAGCAAUAAACCCUGAGCUGUUCACAACUCCGGUUGCUGUUGAUGUGAAAGAGAGCUUUCCUAUCCAGGAGAAUGUAACUACAAAGAGGCAAAACCGCAGGACAACGUUCUCAAAAAUUCCUGCUCCAAGAGAAGCUCCACGAUUCCAAUCUAGCAAAAUGUCUGUCAUAACAGAAUCACAGAACAGUCCUCUCGGAAAUGAGAUGGAAAUAGAAUCGCCUGCUUCUGUGCCAACACGAAGCCAUUCUGCUCUUCCUGUUGUACGUGCUCGAACUAGGAGUAGUUAUUCUUCUGAUAAAUGUAACGUGCAACCAAAUGGCAAUGAAGUGACUGAAGAAACUCCACAGUCUCUCAGAAUGGUUUCUGCUGCAAUUCAAGCUCGAAGGAAAUCUAACAUUGUGAAAGAGAUGGAAAAAAUGAAAAGUAAGAGGGAAGAGAAAAGAGCUCAGUUCACUGAGAUAAGAAACAAGCGAGCACAGGAAUAUGACACUAGUUGUCCAAACUGGGACUUUGCACGCAUGGUGAAGGAAUACAGAGCCACUCUAAACUGUCAGCCAAUAUCAAUGAAUGACCCUAUAGAAGAGCACAGAAUUUGUGUUUGUGUCAGGAAACGGCCCUUAAAUAAACAAGAACUUGCAAAGAAGGAAUGUGAUAUAAUCACGGUUGUCAGCAAGAAUAGCAUCCUAGUGCAUGAACCAAAGGUUAAGGUGGAUCUGACGAAAUAUCUUGAAAACCAGCCUUUUCGAUUUGACUUCUCAUUUGAUGAAAAAGCUUCUAAUGAAAUGGUUUAUUGGUUCACUGCUAGACCACUUGUGCAGACCAUCUUUGAGGGAGGAAAGGCAACAUGUUUUGCCUAUGGUCAGACUGGCAGUGGAAAAACCCACACUAUGGGCGGAGACUUCUCUGGGAAAGUACAAAAGGCCUCCAAAGGAAUAUAUGCUUUUGCAUCACAGGAUGUCUUCCUCCUUUUGAACCAGUCCCGGUACAAAACUCAGGGUUUGGAAGUUUAUGUGACCUUCUUCGAAAUAUACAAUGGAAAGUUGUUUGACCUCUUGAACAAAAAAGCAAAGCUGAGAGUGUUGGAGGAUGGCAAACAGCAGAUCCAGGUGGUUGGCCUGCAAGAAAUACAAGUGAAUUGUGCUGAGGACGUCAUCCGGAUGAUUGAAAUAGGUAGUGCCUGCAGGACCUCUGGGCAUACAUUUGCAAAUUCUAGCUCUUCACGCUCCCAUGCUUGCUUUCAAAUUAUUCUGCGCAGAAAAGGAAAACUUCAUGGCAAGUUCUCCUUGGUGGACUUAGCUGGGAAUGAAAGAGGCGCUGAUACAUCUAGUGCAGAUCGGCAAACACGGAUGGAAGCAGCAGAAAUAAACAAAAGCUUGCUGGCACUGAAGGAAUGCAUCCGUGCCCUAGGGCAGAAUAAACAACAUACACCUUUUCGGGAGAGCAAACUUACUCAGGUGCUGAGGGAUUCCUUCAUUGGAGCAAAUUCCAGAACUUGUAUGAUUGCAAUGAUCUCCCCAGGCAUGAAUUCCUGUGAAUAUACCCUAAACACUCUGCGUUAUGCUGAUAGAGUAAAAGAACUCCCUCACAAUGGAACAGCCAGAGAAACACAAAACUGUAUGGAAAUUGAGAAUGAAGAGCUGGAGAUCAGUGAGGAAGAAUCAGACCACCUUCGUGAGCUUUCUGAAGAUGAGUUGUCUCCUCAUCUGUCCAGUUUUCGUGAAGCUGUCACUCGGAUUAGGGAGCUUGAGGAGAAGGCAAUAGAGGAACUUAAGGAAGUCAGGGAGAAAAUGAAUGAUUGUAACUAUCUGCUGGACAUUGCGGAACAACCAGAAUAUGACUUGGAGGCAUUUGUGUACCAAGCCCAGUGCUUCAUAAAUGAAGGAUCCAAAAGUUUCCUCAGUCUGAAAGACACACUGGAAGAAUUGACCCUUGCUAUGCAGGUGGAAGAGCAGGCCAGCAAACACCUAAAUAAGAGGCAACUUUAACAUCCACCCAAUUGUUAAAUGAAUGUUUCUUCUCUCCAGUUGUCUGUCACUUCUUUGGUUUGGUGUUGUAUUUUACAUGCAAAUGCAAGGUUCAGCCUAUCUGAUUUGAGAGAGUUUUUUUUUCCUUGCUGGUGAUACUUUCCUUGAAGCAGGCAAGAGAUAGUGCUCUUCCAGAAUGUGGUAUCUCUGUCCCUUUCUUGGUACUGAAAGUUACAGAGAAGAAGGUGAUUUAAUAUCACUUGGUAAGCAUGUGUAUAUUUCUAGUGUAUAUAAAAUUUCUGGCAAAAUAUGCUUUGAAUGUUACCAGAGUGUAAUCCAGUGACUCAAACUGGAUUUGCUAUUUUGUAAACUUUUAAAUAGGGAAGGAGUAGCUAAAAUUUAAAUAAAUGUUUCUGAAUUCA